AUGAAGCCUGAGGAUGGUGAACCGUUAUCCUUGUAUCUUGUAGUAUCAGAGAAUGCAGUAACUGUUGUCCUUGUAAUGGAUCAUGAAGGUAAGAAGUUGAUCGAGUAUCUCGAAAUUCUCAAGAAAUUAGCAGGAUAUUUCGAUGUUUUUACACUUGAAUUUAGACUACAAGGUCAAAAUUUCAUGGAUAAUAUUCGAGCAUAUAACAUGAUGUUUUCCUUCACAUCUAUUGGUGGGAAGGUUGACAAAAGUUAUCAGAGAGGUAAAGGUCCUUAUGUAUUUAGACUACAAGGUCAGAAUUAUCAUCGAAUGGGUAAUCUACUUCCGGACGAUGGGGAAGAACCCAAAUUCUCACAGCUUUACAUAUAUGAUUCACAAAACGAAGUGGUAAAUCGUCAAAAAGCAGUAAUUUCUCAGAUAGAAUCCAAAACUACAAGAAACAACCAGCUUAAUAGUACAACCAUCAAGGGUCUUAAAGAUAUGUUGGAUUCUUGCAAUCCUCUUGUCCAAUCCUUCAGAAUGGUAAGAGAUUGUUUUCAAGAAAAUGAGUGGCAAGAUGUAAGCUUGAAGCUUAUUGGAACAAGAGAUAAGGAUGGAAGAGUUCACAAUUUGCCAACAGCAUCAGAAAUUGCUACGUUAAUAAUUGAAGAUGGUUAUAGAGUUGGUAUUAAACAUAGAGGGAUUGCGAUUGAUAAUGAGUUUUUGGUUGAUGGAUACACGAUGAUAGAAUCUGCCAGGUUGAAUUAUAUAAGGUCACAACAACCUAAACUUAGAACGCGAAGUCUUAAGAACUUGAAUGCUACUGUUGAAAGUGGAGAGAAUAAUGCCUCAAGUUGUGGGAAACCUAUACUUUUACCUUCAUCAUUUACUGGUGGUUCUAGAUAUAUGAUGCAAAAGUACUUGGAUGCUAUGGCAAUUUGCAAGUCUGUUAGAUAUCCCGAUUUAUUCAUAACGGUGACUUGUAAUCCAAACUGGCAUGAGAUUUACACAUGUUUGCACGAUAAAGCUCUUAAUGCUAAAGACAGACCGGAUAUUAUCUCUAGAUUAUUCAAGUGUAAAUUGGAUCAUCUUAUAAAAGAUUUCAAGAAAGAUAAAUUAUUUGGUGAUAUACAACUCACUGUUGAAAAAUUUCAGUUAUGUAUACAGUGGAAUUUCAGAAGCGUGGACUCCCACAUGCUCACAUAUGUGUUCUUGGGUGCUGAAAGCAAAUUUCCAACUGCAUCUGAUAUUGAUCGUGUUAUUAGUGCUGAGAUACCAGAUAAAGAAAGAGAUCCUGAAUUAUAUGAGCUUGUCAAGCAAUUUAUGAUUCAUGGACCAUGUGAUGAGACUUGUGUUGAUUCUGAAGGAUAUCCUGUCUAUCGUCGUCGUCAAACAAGUAAUACAGUAGUAAAGAAUGGUGUGACACUUGAUAAUAGAUUUGUAGUUCCUUACAAUGCUCUCCUGCUCAGAAAGUAUCAGUGCCACGUUAACGUUGAAUGGUGCAACCAGUCAGGUUCUAUCAAAUAUUUGUCUAAAUAUAUUAAUAAGGGGCCUGAUAGAGUCACGACUUCUGUUUUUCAAGCCAAUAGCACCAACAAUGAUACGGAACAGGAUGUAGCUGUAGAUGAGAUAAAAACAUACCUUGAUUGUAGAUAUAUCUCUGCUUGUGAAGCUGCUUGGAGAAUAUUCAUGUAUGAUAUACAUUAUAGAUCUCCAGCUAUUGAAGUAUUACAUUGUCAUUGUGAAGAUGGUCAGAGUAUUGUGUAUAACGAUCAUGAUAAUUUGUGUGAUAUUGUUACUGAUCCAACUGUGAAAAUGACAAUGUUCACAGAGUGGAUGAAUUGUAAUAAAGUUGAUGAAUUUGCCAGGACAUUGAGGUAUGUUCAGUUUCCGGGAUAUUAUGUAUGGAAUGCAAAAAAUCGCAAAUGGAAUCGAAGAAAGCAUCCGUAUGGAUCAAUUGGGAGGAUACAUUAUGUCCCACCAUCACUUGGUGAUUGUUGUUACCUAAGGAUUUUACUGAAUCAUAUUAAGGGACCAACCUGUUUUGAAGAUAUAAAAACAGUUGAUGGACAGGUUUUUGAAACAUUUAAAGAUGCAUGUUUUGCACGGGGACUGCUGGAUGAUGAUAAGAAAUAUGUUAAUGUUGUCAAAGAAGCAAGCACAUGGUCAACCGGAGAUUUCUUGAGGACUUUUUUGUAA